AUGGCUGAAUCAACCAGUAAGAUACGUAAUGUUCUUAAACCUGAUGAGAGUGUAAAUGUACCUCGUUAUUUAUCAUCGAAGCAAAUUCUUGUUCAAGUUUGUGCUGCUGCUAUUAAUCCAAUCGAUCGGAAGAUUUUAAAUGGAAGAUUAUCACUUGUUACUUGGUAUUCAUUUCCUCAUACACCAGGUACAGAUGGUGCUGGGAUUGUUGUUGCUAUUGGUUCAGGAGUGAAACGUCUUCAAAUUGGUGAUCAUGUUUAUGGAGAUCUUACCAUUCAUGGCGGAAGUUAUGCUGAAUAUGUUCGUAAAGAUGAAUCAAUCUUUUCGUUGAAACCAAAAAACUUAACAAUGGAAGAAGCAGCAGCUGUACUUUUAGCAUGUGAUACUAGUUAUCAAGCAUUGUGCAAAAAAGAAUGUUGCACAUUUGGGAAUCAGUUCCUACGAUUCCGGAAUUACAACUACUCCCUUCACCCUCACAUAUCAUCUCCCCUAUACACGACCGAAUUCCGUUCACGGAAUUCCCGAAUCGUAGGAAUCGAUUCCGUAGGUGGAACAGGUUCCUAA